GAAAAGAAGAGAGCUGUGGUGCUGAUAAAAGGAUGGGGAAAGCGGUCGGGCCGGGCCGGUUCGGGGUCGGGCAAAUGUGGUGGUUUGGGUUAGAAAUGGAGGAGGAAAGCGAAAAAGGUAUUGGUCGACAAGGUGACCGACGGGUCACUUUAGCCUUGUCGUCAAGUGUAGCCAAAUGCAAAGACCAGGAAUAAAAACAGAUUGUGAAUUGAAUUGGAUGGGUCGUCGCUGGUCAAAGCAGGCCGCGGUCAAACAUCACGCAACC